CUUUUCCCUGAAAGACUGACCAAAGAAAAGCUAACGUGUCAUUGCACACUGAAGCUUGUGUUUGUCUUAACACAUCUAUGUAACUUGCCAUACGGUAACAAAUGCUGACAUGAGCUCAAACAAGCUUUCUGCUGUGUUAGAGAAGCAGAUUCACCGCCUUUGUCUGAAGGACUUUCCCUGUGGUUACGGCACCUGGAGAAAGAGCAAAGACAGUACAGAGGGAGCAGAAACAGAGGACACAGACGACCUCCUGGAUCUGCUGAGUUGCCGUCACUCUCCAUGGCGGGAUGACAAAUCAUGGAGCCCUCAGGCUCCAGCCCUGAGACGGCUGGCUGUGCUCACCCCUGAACGCCUGCACACAGACUUCAUUUACAAUUACUUUACUACACUUCGCAUUGUGGACAAGGGUGUAUCAGUCAUCGACGAAGGCCUGUUAAGGUUCUCAGAGCUGGAGGAAUUGGUGCUAAGUGACAAUAAAAUCUCAGAAAUCCCUGCAGAAAACCUUCCCAGCACUUUGAAGAUUUUGGAGCUACGUGCCAACAGGUUGUCUGCUCUAAACAGUCUCACCAACUGCCUCCCUCCCCGCCUAGAAUACCUCAGCCUCGGCUCAAACAGUCUGGGUUCACAUGACGACAUCUUUCAUCUUACUGGAAGACAUUGGCCACAGCUGGUGUGUCUGGACCUGAGUGACUGUGAGUUUAAGGACCAGCGGGCCCUGCUGAGUGCCCUGAGCACACUCAGCUGCCUCAGGACGCUGGUGCUGGAGGGGAACCCAUUCACUCUUGCUCCCUCCUACCCAGGCUUCACUGUGGACAGUGUUCCACAGCUCUCUUGCCUGGACACCUCAUGGAUCUCCGCUGAGGAAAGACAGUGUUUUAGGGGCUUGGCCAAGAACAGUGAUCUGAUAGUGGACCGUGCAUCAGCCACAGUGAGUGUGGGCAGGGCGAGGGGAAUCCCAAACCCAUUGAUGAGAGUGGAAGAAAACGCUCCAGACUUCCCUGUUGUGAACUACGGCUAUUUUAUCACAUAUGAGUUCCUUAGUCAUCAAACUGUUAACCUGAACUUCGACAGGGAGUCUAAAUCUGACGCAGCAAAUGUAACAGAAGAUGAUGCUGACCUACAAUCAAACAGAAAUUGUGAAAAAGAAUCGUGCAAACACUUAAUGUUGUAUAGUGAGGAAACCUGCCAUGAUGUCGCACAUGUGUCAGGACACAGCACAUCAAAGCUGACCUGGUCAGAGUGCAUGGACUUCAGUCACACACACACGUACAUUGUUGGUGAUCUGGGAGGCUUGAAGAGAUUCUUCAAUAAAGGACUUUAUCUUACAAUAGAGGAGGAAAAAGUCCUGUCAUGGCCUGCAGUCUCUGAAGACGUCCCGUUAGCCAAACCCAGCCGACCUGUAAAAGAGAAGAAAAGCAGGAAAGGGGAAGAAUCUCCAAUCAAAUCUGGAUCCACUAAAGACAAGUCUGAAGACAAAAAGAAAAAAUCGGUACCAGAGCUGUUCCAGGACGCCCCCAUCAGAAGAAUACUAGGCUCUGUCCACAUCCCCCUGCACAGCCUGGUGACAGGAGGACAAAAGGUCCAUGUCCUCUGUAACGUUGGGGCUCUGCAAACUGAGUCUGAGGUGGAAGCUACACAAACACUUGAAAAGGCGAGAGGACAUGCUCAACAGGAUCUGGGAAAGACAAUUAAAGAGGACAAGAAGAAGGACAAGGAAUCAAAGCAGGGAGGAGGCAACAGUACUAAACAGAAGAAUACAGCAGCUUCAAAAGGCAAAGUAAAAGGAGGGCAGGAAUGCAAGAUGGACGUCCACACAGAGAACUCCGUGUCCGUCCAACUGGAACCGGUGACUGUGGAGGUCAACGUGGAGCUGGAGAAAUGGCAGUCUGCAUCUGAAGCUCAUCAACUUCUGCUCCCACAACAUAACUCCUUGAGCAAAUAGCCAGUUUUGUCUUAAAGCCAGAUGAGCAGCUACACCAGGUUUACUUCCUUUUUCAGUUUGACCCACUGUACACCAGGAACCAUAUUCCUCCAUCUAGUCCUGGCCAGGCUGGUUUAUUGGUGUAGCUUCAUCUCAAGUCUAACAAGUGUUACAAACUCACCAGAAAAAUAAAAUACACACAUUUUUUCUCAUGUUCCUCCCU